UGUCUCUUCUUCCUCCUCCUUCAGUCUCGCUGGGCCCGGCUGUUCUCUCUCUCUGGGCUGUUAUUACUCCUUGAUUAGAGAUGACGGUCAUUCUGGACUUUGAGGAAUGUCUCACAGACUCUCCCCGCACCAGAGCGGCCAUGGAGAUGGUGGAGACAGAAGUUUUCGAUCUGGAGAGUCGUCUAGAGAAGCUGGUUAAGCUCUGCGCUCACGCCAUGGAUGGUGGACGGCAGUACUGCGCUUCCAACCGACAAUUUGUUUGUGCUCUGCAGGAAUUAUCCUUCCACUCACAAGAAGACUCCAUGUUGAAAGAAUGUCUGGACAAGUUCUCUGAGGGAUUGAAUAGAAUCACCGACAAUCACCUGGAACUCCUGGACUCCAUCCAGCUAAGCUUCAGACAGAAACUGCAGCAUCUUCUUAAAGAAGACUUGCGAUCAUUUCGAGACAGUCGCAAGGAGUUGGAGCGUUGCAGGGAAGGAUUGGAAAGUGCACUGAAUCACAAUGCAGAAUUGUCUCGCAAAAAGGUGCAAGAGGUGCAGGAAGCGUCAUCGGCAGUGCAGGCAUCUCGUAAAGCGUUCCGAGAACGAGUCCUGGACUACACAUUGCAGAUCAAUGUCAUCCAAGGGAAGAAGAAAUUUGACAUCCUGGAGUUUAUGCUGCAGCUGCUUGAUGCUCAGGCCUGUUUUUUGGCGCAGAGUCACACCGUGCUGCAAAACCUGGAUGACUAUCGGAAGAGCCUUGCUGCACAGGUCCAUCAAAAAGUGCUUGAAGGAGCUCGUGAGCACAGAGACUUGGAGCAGAAGCUGGUCAGCAUGAAACGCACAGAGAUUUCCGAUGAAGACUUGGUACAUCAAGGAGAUGGAGACACAUCAGAGGUCGUGAAUGAAGGCUACCUCUUCAAACGAGCCAGUAAUACUUUUAAGACCUGGAGCCGUCGCUGGUUUUCCAUUCAGAAUAACCAACUGGUUUAUCAGAAGAAAGUGAAUGUGCUGACGGUGGUGAUCGUGGACCUUCGGCUCUGCGCUGUAAAGUUGUGUCCGGACGCCGACAGAAGAUUCUGCUUUGAAGUUGUUUCCCCAUCAAAGUCGUGCAUGCUCCAGGCGGAGUCGGAACGUGUCUUGGAGUUGUGGGUCAGCGCUGUCCAGAGGAGCAUCACUACAGCCUACAGUGAGAACAAGAGGGACAGCGGGAGCAUCCGCUUGUCCCGUUCUCUGGCGGAGUCUCCGGCGGUACAGAAAGGCGCUGUGAUAUGUGCAGAAGACACUAUACUGCGAGUUCCAGGCAAUGCCGCAUGCUGUGACUGCCGUGCCGCAGAGCCCGAGUGGGCGACCAUCAACCUGGGUGUGACCUUGUGCAUCGAGUGCAGCGGCAUUCACAGAAGCCUCGGUGUCCACUUCUCCAAGGUUCGCUCACUCACCCUGGAUUCAUGGGAACCGGAGCUGGUGAAGCUGAUGUGUGAACUUGGAAAUAAGACUAUGAAUGGAAUCUACGAGGCUCGGAUAGAAGAGAUGAACAUAAAGAAGCCGACGUCCGCCAGCACACGCAGUGAAAAGGAAAUUUGGAUUCGGGCAAAGUAUGUGGAGAAGAAAUUCAUCACCAAGCUUCCUCAGACAAUGCUCCGCAGCUCCAUUUCUCAAGAGAAACUACCUGCUCGACCACUCAGCAGCCCAGAAACUAGAACACAGGAGAAUAAGCCAGUCCCUGGGGUCAAGAAGUGGCCUAUGAACAGUUCCGGGGCACAGAGGGACAACAGCUGGCUGGACAUUAGUGCCAGGAAGAACAAUACGGAGAACCAAUCUGAUGGGAAAAGAGUGACUUCCCGACUGAAACCCAAACCCCAACUAAGACCUAAACCAGGAACCGCUCCUCCUCCACCUGUAGGUUCCAAGCCAGGAAUGGGUGAUGGGCACGAUGUGCCGAACCUCCAUCCAGGAGCCCUCUUAUACCGAGCAGCAGAACAUCGUCAUCUGCCAACCAUGGCUGAUGCCUUGGCACAUGGUGCAGAUGUGAACUGGGUGCACAGUGAGGAGGAUGGACGCACACCUCUCAUACAAGCCGUGCAUUCUGACUCUCUAGUUGCCUGUGAGUUUCUUCUCCAGAAUGGGGCAAGUGUUAAUCAAGUGGAUAGAAAAGGACGAGGUCCCCUUCAUCAUGCCACCCUCCAGGGCUAUACAGGGUUGGCUUGUCUCUUCCUGAAGCGGGGUGCAGAAAUCAAUGCUGUGGACAGUGAUGGAAAAGAUGUCCUCUCUAUUGCCAUAGAAGCCGCCAACGCAGACAUUGUGACGCUGCUGCGAUUGGUCAAGAUGAGGGAAGCGGAUAUUGCACUUGGACAAUCAGGGGAUGAAACCUAUCAGGAUAUAUUUCGGGAUUUCUCUCUGAUGGCUUCAGAUGCUCCAGAGAAGCUAUCCCGGAGAAGCUGUGACCCAAGACUGAGUACGCUCUAAAGGAGGCCUUGGGGGAGGAUCAUGAGCGC